AUGACCGAGAAGGUGAUCGACCUGUGGAGGCAGUGGGUGCAGAGGCGGUGGAACGCGGAGGCGAAAUUCCUCAAUCUAGAGCGCAUCGCUCAAGACGAUUUUUUGCGGCAAAAUCGUAUGUCAGUGCCAUUAAAUGACUCGUCGUCGAAGGAGAUGCAAGUCAUAUUCAAGCUUGCUAGCAAGCUGAGGCCUGAGGUGGAGACGAUCUCACUAGCCCAUAAUGGCUUCGAAAGUGCUCGCAGCUUGACGACACUCGCCCACUAUCUGCCCCACUUGCAAAACCUUUCGUUGGAAGGCAACAAGCUUGUGGGCUGGCGAGAUUUGGACUUCAUCUCUGGCAGGAGAGGGCGACUGGAGAAGCUACGAGAGCUAAUCCUGGUUGGCAACCCAGUACGGGAAUUGGAAUACAAGAACGGGCGAGCUGCAGGAUACAAAAGCGAAAUCGUGAGGAGAUUCUCUUCGCUCGAAAUGCUCGAUGGAGAGCCCGUCGCAAGGGUCGGCUUUGAUGCGCCAGCUUCAUCAUCCUCGUCGGUCGCAGCCCCACGUACGAUGUUGUCGACCUUUGCCUGGAAUAUGGAACCAUCGUUCAUCGCGGGUGUCGAUGGGUCCGUCGUCAGCAACUUCUGCAUGAAGUUCUUCCCUCUUUUCGACAAUCAGCGUACCGCUCUUCUUGAUCUUUAUGCCCCCAACUCCACCUUCUCUUUCUCCGCAAACACAUCUAUCCCUCCACGCGCUCGCGCUCAGAACCUGCAUUACUCCAAAGAGUAUCCGCACAACCGGAAUUUGGAGUGGUCCACGUGGUUAUCUGGCGAGCAUGGUGGCUCACGCAACCUCGACCGUGUCAACACACUUCCCAAGGUCACUCAAUCGUUACAUCUGGGGAACGAGGCUAUCAUCAGGACGUUCUCAAUCAUGCCUAGUACAAGGCACGACGUCGCUGGUUCCGCAGAGAAAUUUUGUGUGGACGCAUUCCCUGUCCAGCAGGGCGAGCAGACGAACUUGCUCGUGACCGUCCACGGUCAAUUCGCCGAGUUGCCAUCGCAGGGCCUCCGGUCAUUCGAUCGAUCAUUUGUACUCGCAAUUGCGCCAGAAAGAUCUCGUGCGAAACAAUGCGGGUGGGAUGUGAUGAUUCUCUCGGACCAACUCGUUGUCCGCGGAUAUUCGCUUCCAGAAUCUUGGCGUCCGGGUCCGCUUCGGACGCAAGCAGGAGACGUCUUGCCGUCCAAACAAUUGCAGCAAGCACUGGCACCGGUGCCUCCACCUCAACGGGGUAUGAUGCAGGAGAUCAUCCUGCGCACCCGCCUCAACCUGCAGUACGCCGAAGAAUGCCUGAAGAACAAUGACUGGGACAUAGAACGAGCGAUGGCAAACUUCGGACAGGUCAAGGCGACUCUGCCAGCCGACGCGUAUUUGCCCCAAGAUGCGUUCCUGCCUUGA